AUGGUUGCCCAGCUGUCAAGGCGGGUGCUGUGGAGUCCUGAGGGGCAGAACCCCGUCACCGCUUACGGGACACGAGCCGCAACACCACGCCGCCUAGACUUCCGUGAUAGUUUGGUGGUGUUCGCGCUGUUCAUAAUCAGCAAGUCUGGCGGCCUCAUCUACAAUCGAGAGUUCCACACGGGCAUGAGCAAGCUUACUAGCAAUGACUACCUCAUGCUUGCUGGAUCGUUUCAUGGAAUGCAUGCCAUAACAGCGCAGCUCUCUCCAGUCCCACCUGUCCGCGCGCCUCCUCCGUCCACCGCGACUCCCAACCUCCAGACAUUCCCUGUCCGCGCAACUGGUAUUGAAGUCCUGGAAAGCUCUCACUUCCGUAUUCAAUGUUUCCAAACGCAAACCGGUGUCAAAUUCCUCCUCUUCACAGAGCCCCAGCAACCGAACGUAGACACGAUGAUGAAGAAGAUAUAUGAACUGUACGCAGACUACGUCAUGAAGAACCCGUUCUACACUGUGGAGAUGCCGGUCCGGUGCGAGAAAUUCGAUCGAGGGCUGGAUGGUUUCGUAAAGGUCAGGGGAUGA